AUGAUGGGAAAAGAAAAAAAUACAGUUUUUCGUACCUGGAGGCUUUACUGCAUCUUCCAUGCGAGGAGUGAUCUUUACGCUAUCAUCCGCAGAUUUCCAUCGAGUCAAAAUAUUCGAAAUUCUUUUCAUCUUUUAAGCAGGAGUAAUAUUCUGAAAUUGCUGAGUACCAUACAUCAAAAGGAUACAGCAAUACGUCUAGCAUUUAUUUUCGUGCUAGAGGUCUCAACACUCUUCUUUUCUCCACCAUCCAAAGGGCGGAAAAGAAGUUCAUCCUCUAUGAGAUCAAAUUUGCUGGCAAGAAUUGAGACAAGAGAGCGUAAGAUUGAUGGGCUCAUCUCACUUUCCUCAAAGAACAAUAAUAAUCUUGCAAUGGUGCUCCAAAUGGCAUUCUGUGCCUCUGUAUCGUCAGAAGCAAAUGGGAACACGCCAAAUAAACUCUGCAGGAAAUUCAAAUCUGCCACGAACCAAAGUUGA